CUGCUCUGAGUCCCUUUGGACUCAGUUUGUGGAUGAGUGUGGUAAAACCCAGCGUCUCAGGUCAUAGGAUCACUCAACAGGUGUAGGUGUGUGCCAGGAGCUGCCACCAGGAGGGGGCACCUGUGUGAGGGUCAGGGAGGUCCCCAGUGACCAGGGGUUGGCUGCCGCCCAGUGGGGCGCUCCCCACCCCCAGUGCUUGUGGGGUUAGCCGUGGCGGGGGGCAGGUAUUUGCUCCUGCUGCCUGGGUUUGCUCGGCAGGUCCUUAGGGGAGGAGGCUGAGGUUAACCCCGGCCGCGCCAGCCUCCUGUGGACAGCGCUCGCCUGGUCUGUGAGAGGCUGCACAGGGGACAGGCUGCGGCGGUGGCUGUGAGCGCCAACUGUGAUGACACACUUCCGCCAGAGCCCCAGGCGCCGUCUGCAGCCAUUUCGCAGCCACCUGGGCCUCGAGGGUGUCCUGCGAGACACUGCCGGGGCCCAUGUGCGGCGGCGGCUGGAACCUACUGCGAGUGUAGCCUUGGCCUCAGUCGCGAGGCCCUCAUUGCCCUGCUGGUGGUGCUGGCGGGCAUCGGCGCCAGCUGCUUCUGCGCUCUCAUCAUUGUGGCGGUUGGCAUCAUUCGAGCCAAGGGUGAAACAUGCCCCGGACACAUGGACAACAGCUGGCCUGACCUGGACAACGCUGUGCAGGUUGGUGGGGCACUUCGGGGCUCAGGAAGAUCACAUGGACCUGCACACGGUGCAUGUGGAGUCCCACCUCAUGGCCCCUGAAAUGGAGGUCUCCAUGACGCCGCCCCUGGAAGAUCAUGGCCUCACGACCAUCACUGUGGACUCGACCCUAGCGGAGCUGCCCCCCCAACCCCCGCCGCCUGAGUAGGGCUUCGGGCAGCUGGGGGAAGGGGAAUUAAA